CAGGCGCAGCAAUGGUCACCCCAAAACCGUGCAUGUCUGGGAGAAGACCUGACAACCCUGCUCAGGCGCAAAUGCGGAGCUAAACAAAAACCGAAAAACGUAAAAACCGGCGCAAAAACCUAGGCUAUUACCACUGAACCAUGGACACAGAGGAAGUGAAGCGCGGCCGCGGCCGAGGGCGAGGCACCAGGGCCCGCGGGCGUGGACGUGGCCGAGGACGCGGUCGUGGCAAGAAAAUUGACGACAGCAGCAUCGCUGACGCCGCAGCCCUGGCGGCCAGCAGCUCUGCAGCCCUGGAGGACAGUCCGGGACGACUGGACCCCUCCGAGGAUUCGGUCAUGCAGGAGCUGGACAAGGAGGGUGACAUGGAAACGGUCACCGCACUGGAGGAUCCGCUGCUACACGCAACUCCAGGAACAGUCCCCGUCAGCGAGGACAUGACUGCAGCGACGCCACAGCCACAGGUCCUCCAGCAAGUGCCACCGCCUGUGCUGAGCCAAACAAUUGACAUGGAGGCGGACAUAUCGCAGCUGGAGGCGCCCACAUUCACCACGCUGUCGCGCGGACCUCCGGAGCCGAUGCUGCGCCUUAAGUGGAACCACAAAGUGAGCCUGAUCGGCGAGAAGGUGCUUAACCCGAUGAUCCACUGCUGCGAUCAGUGCGACAAGCCGAUCCUCGUCUACGGCCGCAUGAUUCCCUGCAAGCAUGUCUUUUGCCUCAAGUGCGCCCGUGCUGAGCCCAUCAAGAGCUGUCCCCGGUGUACGGACAAGGUGCUCCGCGUGGAGCAGAGUGGUCUGGGCACCGUGUUCAUGUGCACGCAUGGCGGCAGUCGCUACGGCAGCUCCGGCUGCCGGCGAACCUACCUUUCGCAACGCGACCUGCAGGCGCACAUCAAUCACAGACAUGUGGCGCCGCAGCCGCCUCCGCUGCAGCCACAGUCGCAGCUGUCAGCCAUGGCGGAGCAGGCCAAAAUGUCGGAUCUGGGCGGCGUCGGUCUGGGCCUGGAGUUGCACAAGCAGCGCAAGCUCUCCGAGUCGUCUGUCCCCCUAUCCGUUUCCGCCUCCAUUGCCCGUCCCGUCCUGUCGCGGCUGCCACUGGCCGGCGGUGUCGGGGGCAUCGGUAGCAUUCCGCCACCAGGAUCCGCCGUCGCCGCCCAAAACGCCAUCCAUGGCGGCCACUCGACGCUCACACUGGCCAAUUUGGCCAGGAUCAACAAUGCCAAUGCGCAGGACUGUCACCAGGGCAAGGCCUCGCUGCACCACACGCUGAAGAAGGGCACGCCUCACCAGCCCGAGUCGGUGGCGGAUGCCUCCUACUAUAGUAGCGUACUCGCCUCCUUCGGCAGCGCGGCCGGAAAUCCGGGAUCUGGGCCACUGGGCGGCGUGGCAGUAGGCGCACAUCCUGCCAAUCCAGGUGCCAGCCAUCCCGCUGGUGUCCCAGGUGCCCUGAUUGGAGGCUCCGCCGGAGCGCCAACUGGUGGCUCGAGUGGCAACUGGCAGCAGUCGCAAUACUACAGAUAAGGGGUGGAAAGCGAGGGGCUAGAAUCCAGGGUAGACGAUUUGUACGCAAGCACGGCUUUUAAAUAAGUGAACAAAUGUAUGUUAAGCUGAAAACUAUUAAAGAUAUUUUACGGGGUUAACCAACCCGAACUUUAAAAUAAACGAUACUCCGAUU